AUGAAGCCAAGUCGAGUGGUGGGGACAAAGUAUGGUUUAGUGGAGGGAGUGCGCCUGGUGGACGAUGGCGACUGCCAGAUCGACGCUUAUCUCGGAAUUCCCUUCGCCAAACCUCCAAUUGGCGCACUGCGUUUCAAGAAACCGGAACCACCAGAUGCUUGGGAAGGCAUCAGAAAAACUGUGAAGUUUGGUCCACGCGCACCGCAAAAGGAAUUCAUCUGGAGUCGAUGGAUGGCGGCAGUGAAAACCGACGAAGACUGUUUGUACCUCAAUGUUUUUUCGCCAGUACCAACUGCAGCAGCAGCGGAAAAUCAGUUCAGCGUAGCUUGUUUAUUGCUUGUCAUUGCCAUAACUUCUAAUGAAAAAUUAAAUGAAGUUUUGCAUCAGAAUGGUCUUGCUGUAAUGGUGUUUGUGCAUGGCGGUGGUUUUCUGAUCGAUUCUGCCUCAAAAUACGGCGAUAUUGGAAUUUGCAAUAAUUUAUGUCGUCACGAUGUUGUGGUCGUAACGGUGCAGUACCGUCUUGGCUUGCUUGGCUUCUUUUGUACUGGUGACGAGGCGUGUCCGGGUAACAAUGGCUUAUGGGAUCAGGCGAUGGCUCUGAAAUGGGUUCAGGAUAACAUAAGUGCUUUUAAUGGUGAUCCUGGGCGUAUCACAGUGUUUGGCCAAAGUGCCGGUGGCGCAUGUGUUGAUCUCUUGUCGCUUUCCCCAGUAACAAGAGGUUAUUGA